AUGCAGUUCUCCAAGUCCUUCAUGCUGCUGGCAGCCCUCACCACCGGCGCCCUCGCCCUCCCCCAGAAGCGCGACUGGAACACCGCCGGCUUCGGCGCCAGCACCGCCAGCAGCGGCAGCGAUGUCACCUACCAGGGCAACGUCGGCAACCCCUGGGGCAGCAACAUCAUCGAGGUCUCCAGCAGCGACGCCGCCUCCUACAAAUACACCCUCGAGAUCACCGGCCAGAACUCCGAGCCCUGGCAGAUCGUCUUCUGGAACAAGUACGGCCCCGACGGCCUGAUGGACGGCUGGUUCGGCAACUCCGCCCUCACCCUUACCCUCAACGCCGGCGAGACCAAGUACGUCGCCUUCGACGACGACACCAAUGGUGGCUUCGCCGCCGGCCCCGGCUCCGUGCCCACGGCCAACGGCGAGUGGGCCAGCACCUGGGGCGAGUUCGACUUUGGCAGCACCACCAACGGCGGCUGGUCGGGCUUUGAUGUGUCGGCCAUUGUCGCGCAGAACACCGGCCAGACCGUGCAGGGCAUGCAGAUGUGCGACAAGGCGAGCGGCGUCUGCUCGACUAUCACCCCCAACGCGGCUACCGUCGACAACGCGUACACGACUGCUGAGACGGAUAUUGGUGGCAUUGGUGGGAACAUCUCCGGCGGUGGUCAGGUCCAGCUCACGGCUGUUAUUGAUUACCAGGGGUAA